CAGAGAAGGUCUGCGGGGCAAUAUAUCAGGAUUGUUCAGCUGGAAGAGGAAACAGAACGGAAUGGAUUUCUGCAGGACGUGAGGGAGGAAAACAGCGGCCCCACUAACAAACAGUUGAUAACGUCAGCCAGGAUGUCUGGGAUGGACAUCCUGUUGGUAGACCACAACGAGACCGGAAUCUCCUCGGCAGACAACGGAACCUUCCUCAGCCUCUCCCCGACAUCGGUUUCCGCGUCGGCGGCCGCCUCGUCGCCGGGACGACAGGGGAACGUUUACGUCUACGUGUGGAUCUUCUUCAGCUUGCUGGUUUUCCUGCUGACCCUCCUCAUCAUUUCCCUCCAUAGGCUGAAGAACAUCAUCACCUCCUCCUCCUCCAUUCCGGACUGCAGCAGCGAGGCAGGGAGCUCCUUCACCAACAUGGAAAUCUGCAGCAUCUCCUCCCAGAGGUCCACCGUCUCCUCAUUGUCAAACUGA